UUUACGCCACAGGAAAGGGAAAAGGGAAACGCCUAAAGACCUUUAACUCUGUGAACGGAGCACACGAGUUCAGACUACAGCAGUCCUGCAGAGACACAAACAUGUUUGCUGUGGGAGCGUCGCUCUAGUGUUUUAUGGGACAGGAAUUUCUGGAUACAACAGUCUCUUUCAGGAAGUUACGAGAGGUGACAUGGACCUAGGACUACAGCGAUUCAUCAGGACUGUCCUGCUUCUGCACGUCUGCUGGCUCUGGAGCGGCCAGUGUUUGUCCGUCUACUUCACAAACCAGCAGUCUCUGUAUGUGAUCGAAGGCCAGAAUCUGAUCCUACAGGCACAAAUCCAGCUGCUGGAUGGGGAACACGUUGCUAAAGUGACAUGGGACCACGUCGCAAAGACUUCUGGGAUGAGUUCAACAUUGGCCGAGUUUCCUCGUAAAGUCAAAGAUGGGAGAGUGACUCUGGAACAACAGGGAGCCACGCUGAAGAUCAGAGAUUAUCAAGCGGCAGACGCCGGCGUCUACACGGUCACAGUUACAGAGCAGUCAGGACAGAGACGAUCCGCACAGAAAACCGUUCAAGAAUAUCUGGCGGUGCAUCACGUGUCUGUGAUGGUGAAUGUGUCUCACUGGGUUCUUCACUGUAUGGAGGCCUGGGGAACUGAGCCCACCUUCACUUGGCUGCAUGAGAAAGUGGUUGUAACGGAGAAGGUGGGUCGUGUUUCGGCAGAUGGGACGUCUCUGUAUGUCUCCGGCAUCUUCUGUGGACACUUCACCUGCGUUGUGAGCAACAAACUGGGACACAGUUCAGCCACAUACACCGCAGAGGCGUGUGAAAGCUCAAACGGGAGCAUGACUGCGGUCGUUGUGUUUCUGCUGCUGAUACUGACGCUCGCAGCCGCAUCUCUGGCCUUUAUACUGUGGAGGAGACACAGGCUUGGAUAUAACAGAAGGGAGAGACUGAGAGAGCCGUGUGAAGAGUCUCUGUGAUCCUGUGACACUGACGAGAGAUGAUGGACUGCCAGCCGCUUGACGCUCUCAGCACACCUUUUUAUACGUGACUGAUCAAUGCAUUAUUGACUUUUGGUAUGAUAUUAGACUCCCUGGAAAGAUAUUUAUGCAUAUUUAUUUAACCAAGUUAGACUAGCAUCAUCAGGAGGUUUAGUUAAUGCAAUCCUUUCUGAAAUACUUGAUUCUGAUUGGUCAGUUAUGACAUUAACAUGAUGGGCACUUAACUAUUAAUUGACCAUUGUCCCGUAUCAAUAAAUUACUAUUUGACUAAGUAA